GAUUCAUAGAAGUAAUUAAUUUAAUGGUGGUAGUAUAUUAAGAAAGGUUGUAUAUAAGGAUAUUGGAAAUUUGAACUGUGUACGUGCAAAUCUUAACAGAUUGUGAAACAUUCCCUGUUAGUAAUAAGCAAAAGUCAGUAAAUAUCGUAACUUUGAAGCCAUAACUCAGAGUACUGUUAAAUUAUACGUCUAUUUACUCUAUCUGAAGACAAUAAUUAGCCACCUCAUUGUCAUACCAAAUAAAACAGCCAGCAAUCUACAUUGCGAUUUGAACACUAUGUGAUCUUUAAACGUUGGGAGAAUUCCUUUUUAAGCACUUCAAUAUGGCGACUAUACCCCACACUCAUCUCUGAUUGGAGAUAUCAUUGUAUGAAGUACAUUCUCAUGCUUCACUGAAAAAUUCUAAAUAGAUUUCUCUUUUUUUUGUAAUAUGAAUCUAUUUGAUCUUUCACAGCAGCCGUGAUUGACUUGUCAUAGUUCAAUAGUUUUAGUUCUAUUUAGUUCCAUCUCCCACCCAUGGUUUGUUGACAUUCUUUAAGUGUUAGCUAUACAAUGCUCCAAUAUAUUCUAUCUUACACUUCAUUUUGUUUAGAUUUUUUUUCCACACUUUUCCUUUGUGACAUUCGUUAUUGUGGCAGGUAAAAUAAGGAAAAUGGAAAAUUUGGGAAAUUAUUCUUUAACACUUUAUGGCUUAUGGGAUGUUGCAGUGUUUGGAUCAUUUACUGGUUAUUUAUACAUUUCUUCCAUUACGUUGUUUUCUCGCUGGAUUAAAUUUAAUGAUAAGAAUAUCCAGUGGAAUAUUUCAAUUUUUUACAUCUUUUAAUCAAUACCAUGAUACACCUUCAUCGAAGACAUCACGGUUAACCUUACUGUAUAAUUAUGAAUUACGUGAUCUGAUCAAAUUUUCUUUAUUAUGUAUAUGUACUGUUAUUUUAACAAAAUAUGACAGUUCCAUGGCUUAUCAUGAAAUAAGAACACAAUCGGUGAUAAAAAUUUAUAUUUUUUUCAAUUUACUCGAAGUCGCAGAUCGUUUAUUAUCUGCUGUUUGUCAAGAUGCCUUGGAUGAUUUAUUAUUUACAAUCAGUAAACCACGAUCUGAUUCAGUUUUAUCUAAUAAUCUAGAAGAAAAUAGUCUCAUUUUCUGGCGUGAUGUUGUUUUACAGUACUGCUUUGCUUUCUUUUGUCUCAUAGCCCACUGCUUCCUUCUGCUAUGUCAAGUUACUACUUUAAAUGUAGCAUUCAAUUCACAAAAUAAAUCAUUGAUCACUGUGUUUAUUUCGAACAAUUUUGUUGAAUUAAAAGGUAAUGUAUUUCGUAAAAUGGGAAAAACGAAUUUAUUUCAAAUUGCAUGUGCUGAUGUACGUGAACGAUUUCACUAUUGUGUUUGGUUUUCAAUUAUUGUAUGCCGUAAUAUGAAUGAAAGUGGAUGGAAUUUAGAUGAUCUUCAAACCAUUCUCAUUGAUGUAACCUAUAUUCUUCUGGCAGAAGUUGCUGUGGAUUGGAUAAAGCAUUCAUUCAUUACCAAAUUUAAUGUGAUCCCUUCAAAUGUCUAUGAGGAGUAUACUGUGAGCAUUGCUUACGACCUAUUAUUAUGCCAUCAGGGAAAGAAUACAUCAGACUACUCUGACCUUCUUUCACGUCGUAUGGGUCUUACUCCCAUUCCUCUUAGUUGUUUAAUUAAUGCUAUGCUCUUUCAAACAAUAAGAAGUCCCAGCACUCUUUGCCUUACUUUACCGUUUGUUGUGUCUGCACUAUUUGCAGUUAAAGUUGCAACUAAUCUUACCCUUAUGUCCAUGGCUUAUUCUCAUAUUCGUGAGUACAUAAAUGCAGCAAGUACUGUUCAACAGGAUGAAAAUUGUCCCCUCAACAAUGAUAAAACUGCUGGUGUUUUCACAACUACAGAAAAAGGAAAUGUGAAACAGCCCCGACCUAUUCUUUCAGAAAAGGGAAUUCGAAUAUCGUCAAGAAAACCUCCUUUUGGUUUCACAGGUUAUGACCAACCGACUAGAGAUGAAGAUUGCUUUUUGCCGACGGGUCUUAGGUAUCGGAAAUUCAAAAGCGACUCAGGUCCCGUAGAUAUAACGGCCAAUAUGGACAUAAACCAUUCACUAACUUCUGAAGAUACAUCAGAAUUCGCUGGAAAUAAGCUUAGAGUGUUAAGUCCGAUUUCUACGGGUAGUAUUUGGAAUGAAUUGAUUGAACCAUAUCAAUCAAUUAUGGCCUCUGCAACCGGAACACCAAAGAGUCUAUAUGAACCUAGUGAAUCAACUCCAUUAACACCUCUUAGUCGAAUAGGGUCAGCAAAUCGGAUAUUCAAUUCUGGGAAUAAUAAAUCAGAAAUCGAGUGCGAACGUAGUUUCCGUGGUUCAUGUGUGUUCCAGACUGAAGACAAACCUCAGUUUACUACUUACACAAAUACUCCCAUUGCUACAUCACAUAAUGAGGGACUACAUGUAUGGAACAGGUAUGAGAUGACUAGUAUCUUAGGAGAAUUAUAUGGCAAUAAAGACGAACCAUUUACAGCAAUGGUACGGCCUCAUAGUGCUUGUGUUUUAUUAAGACCAAGAUAUUACAGUAUCGAUCUAGGUAUUCUGAGUACUUUUUUGAAGUCUAUGGAAUGCAAUAUACGUAUUACAGAUGAAACACCAAUUAAAGACGGAAGUGCUCAGGAAAAUGAAUCAAACCCUAGUUAUACUUUCAAUCGUAUACACAAACGCCGAAUACGUACAAUGACUGAAAGUUCAGGUACUGCCCCUUUACAUCCUUCAAGGGAUCCUACAAUACCAAUUCUAUGGGAACGAAGCAGUAGAAAUAGUACAGCCAACCAAUUCGUUUUGGAUCAACUGAAACCAAUAACACCUGGACGAGUAAAGCAGCCAUUGUCUGAUAUUGAUCGUUAUUCAAUGGUAGAGGGACAAAUUAGUUGACUUAACUUGUGUAAUUUAAUGGCUGCACAUUUCUUGUAUGUAUAUUUUAAAAUAAUAAAAUGUUUUAAUCAGUGUUUUUGAGACCCUAAAUCUGAUGUAACAACCAAUAUAAAAUAGUGGAACAUAGUGAUUACUAAAAAAAAGUAGUUGGUAGCGCUAACUACAUCUCACUCACUCAAAAACCUAAGUUAAAGUAUAUUAGUUGUGUUCGAUUUCACAAUUUAACCAAUUAAAUAUUCUUAACCUAAAAGCAUACAUUUGGAAUAUACUGUCGAACAGAAUGAUAUCUGUAAUUAUAAUGUGGUAUAUAAGUACACAUCUAAAGGACUCCUUAAUAUAGUAUCAUUUUAACCACAGAGUUUACAUUCAUCACGGAUACGUCUUCACACUACAGCGAAAUAUUUCGAGUUUCAAUUUCCUUGAUUACUAAAUACAACUUUUUUCUUCUUCUUUUGUCCCCAGUCAAGU